AUGGCGUCGGUGUCGCCACCAAAACCGUGGGAAAGAGCCGGUGCUGCUACUGGUAACGCUUUAUCUUCUGUGCCCACCGCCGGUAGUCCUGUUGCUUCAACCGCCAUGGCUACUACCACCCCCUCUGCGGGCAACCCCGCAACCACCUCCACCGCCCCCGACCUACCCUCCCGCCCCAGCGCACUCAACUCCGUUGUGAAUAAUAACGCGAAUGCCUACUCGCCCUAUGGCGCGUCCCGCUUAGGUGCCAGCCCCUAUGGCGGGCUUGGUGGCAUGGGUGCCUACUCAUCACCAUACUCGCGCUUCGGCUCCAUGGGCUCCAUGUACGGUGGAGGCUAUGGCGGCUACGGUGGUAUGGGAGGCAUGUACGGCGGCGGCAUGGGUGGGAUGGGGGGCAUGUAUGGAGGCAUGCCCGGGCAGGACCCGAAUGACCCCAACAGCUUGACAAACUCCUUUAGUCAGAGCACACAGGCCACGUUCCAGAUGAUUGAAAGCAUCGUUGGAGCAUUCGGGGGCUUUGCCCAGAUGUUGGAAAGCACUUACAUGGCCACACACAGUUCCUUUUUCGCAAUGGUCUCUGUCGCAGAGCAGUUUGGAACAUUGCGAAACACCCUCGGCUCAGCACUGGGGAUCUUCACACUUAUUCGCUGGUUCCGCACAUUGAUCGCCAAAAUCACCGGCCGACCUCCUCCAGCAGAUGCCACUUCUCUAACUCCCGCAGCCUUUGCCGCGUUCAUGGGCGGGCGAUCCGCACCCGCUACUCUUCCCGACGGCUCACCGGCCCCUGCCAAGCCUUCCAAGAAGCCUUUCUUCAUGUUCCUCGUUGCCGUCUUCGGUCUUCCCUACCUCAUGAGCAAGCUAAUCAAGGCUCUCGCCCGCUCCCAGGAGGCAGAGGCGAAGCGCCGGGCGCAGCUACUUGGCCCCAAUGGCGAGCAGUCCGCCUCGCUCGACCCAACCAAGUUGGACUUCUGCCGCGUCCUUUACGACUACACCCCCGAGACACAAGAGAGCAACGGCAUCGAUCUCGCCGUAGCAAAGGGCGACAUUGUUGCUGUCCUCAGCAAGUCAGACCCAACAGGCAAUGCCUCCGAAUGGUGGCGCUGCCGUGCUCGUGACGGACGUGUCGGUUACCUCCCCGGCCCAUACCUGGAAACCAUCCAGCGACGACCCUCUCAAGCAGCCAUUACUUCUGGCGCUGAGAUUGCCACCCUCUCAAACACAGAUAGCGCCACCGCCGGUCGAACACAAAGCCUCUCGGCCAUCUCCAAGCCCGCUUUCGACCAGCCACCCCAGCUAAAUACCAAGAUGGGCGAUAUCCCGGUUAAGAACUUCCAGACGGGCACCAAUCUCUUACCUUGA